AUGAGCAUCUUUCUGAUGGAGUUUCUCUUGGUAGGUGCCUGCAAUGCUCCACCACGAUUCCCAUCUGCAGAACUCAAAGAGCAAUACAAAGGCAUUACCACAUUUGCCUAUAAUUCGGUGGUGCAAUACGUCUGUCGUCCGGGUUACAUGAGAGAUGGCAGUGUCAGAGACACCCUAAUUUGUGGAAGGCGCAAUAAGUGGUAUGGACCAGAGGAGAUCUGUAUACCAAAGCAGUGCAUCUACCCCGGAGAGCCAGACAACGGCAGACUCGUCCUGUCAGAGAAGUUCAGUUUUGGUUCAGCAGUGAACUUCACCUGCAACACUGGGUACAGACUGGUUGGAAGUCCUCAAAUUUGGUGUGUGGUUAAAAAUGGGGCUGUUAUGUGGGACAGAGAUAUUCCCAUCUGUGAGGCAAUCCCAUGUUCACCCCCUCCGGAAAUAGCUAAUGGAGAGCACAGCGGAGCCGGCAAAGAGCACUUUGAAUAUGGAGCAUCUGUCACUUACACGUGCAACACUGUCAGAAGGGGACAGAAACCUUUCUCGCUGGUGGGAGAUGCCUCUAUUUUCUGUACAACCACAGAUAACGUCAAUGGUGUGUGGAGCAAGCCAGCCCCGAAGUGCAAAGUGGUGAGCUGUGAGCAGCCGAGUGUGGAGAGCGGGCGGCUGCUGAGCGGGUACCGGUCCGAGUACACCUAUGGGGACACUGUUGUGUUCGACUGCAACUUCCGCUACAGCCUGAACGGCAGCGACGCAUCCACCUGUAGUGAGAAUGGGCUCUGGGACCCACCACCACCACGCUGUCUGCUCAGUAGCUGUGGUGACCCUCCAGAUGUGCACAAUGCUGCUAAAGCAAAACUUGCUGGCAAUCUGUUUCCUGUGGGCACUGUCAUUACCUAUGAGUGCUGGGAGGGCCACCAGUUCAGCCCUGGGGAAGACACAUGGCACAUUACGUGUCUGCCAGAUUUUACAUGGACUAAAACCCCCAAUUCUUGUGAAAGAAUUCAUUGCCCAGAUCCAGUCAUCAGGAAUGGCAAGCACUUAGGUUUACAGGAAGGUCAAGAAGAGCAUGUGUAUGGAGACAUACUGGAAGUUACGUGUAACGAUGGCUAUGCUUUCAAAGGUCAUAGCCGUAACAUUAUGCUUCGGUGUACAAGUGAUGGUACAUGGGAUCCAGCAGUACCAGAGUGCUUUCCAGAACCUCGUUGCCCAAAGCCAGAUACUGCCCAUGGAAAAGAGGUUUAUCAAACCAAAACAGACUACACAGUUGGGACCCGGCUGAGGUUGGAGUGUGAUACAGGCUAUGUGCUCAGGGGCCAGGACAUGACUGAGUGCCAGGCUGAUGCAACCUGGGCUCCCCCGUUACCCUUUUGUGAUAAAGUGUGUGCCCCCCCUCCACAAAUCUCCAACGGGCAGCACUCUGGCUUGGGAAAGGAGCAGUUUUCCUAUGGCACUGAGGUGACCUACAGCUGCUCAGAGGGUCUGUCCCUCAUUGGGGAUGCCACCAUCUACUGCACCUCUGAUGAUGGGGUGAACCUGGUGUGGAGCGGACCUGCCCCGGAGUGCAGGGUGGUCCGGUGCCCCAGGCCCGUGGUCGAGAGGGGCAGGAUGAGCCCACAGAGAUUCACGUUUCCCUAUGGAGCAGUCGUGCACUUCUCCUGUGAUGAAGGCUUUGCUCUGCGUGGCGAUGCUGAGAGCCGGUGCCUGGCUGACAGCACCUGGCACCCUCCUCUGCCCUCCUGCCAGCCCGUUCAGUGUUUUCAGCCCUCGGGACAGGAGGACCUUGUGAUUUACUCACUGAAGUUAUGGUACAACGUGAAUGAAACUCUGGUCUACUCCUGCAAGCGUGAUGGCCGUCAAACCUCGAGUUCAGAAACUACCUGCUCAGCUAAUGGCACUUGGGUACCACCACCCACCUGUAAGAAGCGCGAUACGUGUGAGAAGAUCCUUCGAAACAGGGAAGCUUUCCAGUGUGGAGUUCCUCUGGCAGAGCUGAAAACUCUGCUGGAAGUCCAGAAACUGUACCUGGAGAUCCAGAAGCUUGAAAAGGAGCUAAGAACCACAGCAUAUGGCUGACUGUCAUCACCGGUACCAUAAGAACUGUUCUCUUUGCAUGAGGAGCAAUCAUUCUCACUGAGGGUUUCUUUAUGACUUUGUGAUUUGUGCUAAUACUCAAGUAAUCAGUCAAGGAACUUUGACUCUUGGGCCAUGCAGGGAGUCAGAAAGUGCCCCCCUCUGUUAGACAUCACUCUGCCAGGUUUCUGCAUCACUUUAUCCAUUUAGUUAUGUUUGCUAUACUGACAAGGGCUCAGUUAGAAAGGAGCUGAAGGAAAAGUAAAUCCCUGUGGGAGCCAAGCAGAUGCUGUAGGGACAUAGACAUGGUCAGAGCCACCAACUCACACUCACAACCCCCUGCAACCCAGUCGAGCCUAUUGCUCCUCCAUUCAUAUAUGCUGCAUUCAUUAUUGUGAGCAAGCACUUACCUGCCUGAUUAGCCAUGACCUUCAGGGCAGGCCCAAUGGAGGAUGCCUCAAAUCCAAGCAAAAAUGCCAGGCUUCCUUCCCAAGCAGGACAGAUGGAUCCGAGGCCACAGAGGUACCACUUGCUGCAUCUUUGUGUGUGCUCCAAGAGCAGCUGUGGGAAAGCAAAGUGUACAGAAAUGGCUGAAUCUUUUCUGCAUCCUCCAGUAAAGGGGAAGCACUCUGUAAGCAGGCGUCUUGUGAUCCGACCAGUGCUCCUUCAC